AUGAACGUCAUCUCGUAUCAAUUGUCUCCCUCCUCCUCUUGGCUACCCGGAUCUGGGCCAAGUCUGUACCGGACAAACCAUAUCCAACGUGGACGUGAGUGGCUGUUCAUACACUUCGAGCUUCUCAACGCGUCCAACCGAACUCACUUGUCUCACCAAUCCGCAAACGUGUCCGAACACCUGCAACGCCCCACCACCUAUAUCACCCGUGAUAUUUCGGUCGAAGCUGUAGAUCCGGCUGUGUCGAUGCCAACGUCGACUGCAACGGCUGCUACAUCUGUUUCCACAGUCUCUGCACCUGCAUCCGCAAUUUCCAAGCCGGGCAACCGUCAAACUGCAUCGCCAGUCCCGCCCUUAAACCGGGCCAGCAGAACCAGCCUCACGUGGGUGGUUCUCAACAAUGGAGACCUGAUCACCACCACGCAGCAGGUCCUGGGCAUCUUGCAAUUGGGCUCGGCUCCCGAUCCUGAUGGCGGGUUCCGGCUGGGCCAGAAUACUCUGGGGAAUGGAUUUCCCGGGCAGCAGUAUACCAAACAGACGGGGACGCUGGCAAUCAAUGGCGUUUCCAGCCGCUUCGAGGAACAGAUCCAUAUCCAUCUCUGCAAUAAUUCCAACAGCGGGGUCCACAAGAUCUUGGACCAGCAGCACCGGGACAAUUUCAGGGUCUCGUCGUCGGUCGAUCUAUCUUCCCUGGGGAAGCCAAAUGCCGAGAUGAUGUGCUGA